UGUUGCAGUGCGGGCUAGGGCGGUGUACCACGUUUGCAUCAAAAAUAUUUGAAGUUUCGUUGCCUACACAAGUAUAGAUCUCUUAAUUGGAACAACGUUUCCUCGGCAGUACGUUUGAUUAGUUUUUUUACACAGUUUUGUGUAAGGUUAAUAAGUUUUUCUAAUCCGGCAGAAACUAUUUUUGUUGGUCGGUUUAAUUUGUUCAUAUAUCAAAAUCCAGCCAUCCAUAGGGCUCGAUCUGCUUGACCAAGAGCUAUCGGCAGGAAAGCACCAUGUCCGCCAACUGCAAGCCGAGCAAAAGCUGCCCCAUUCCUACCCGGGUCCUGCACCUGAAAGACUGGUCCCAGCUACCUGACUGCUACAGCCAGACACCCGGGGGCACACUGUUCUCCACCACGCCCGGAGGGACCAGGGUCAUCUACGACAGGAAGUUCCUGCUGGAGUGUCGGAACUCGCCGAUCGCCCGCACGCCCCCCUGCUGCCUCCCCCAGAUUCCUGGGGUCACCAUCCCUUCCCUGGCCCCCCUGGGCAAGCUGGAGGAGCAGGAGGAGAACAAUAACAGCAGCAGCAGCAGCAGCAAGGACCUGAGCGCUGAUGACAGCCAGUUCGAGAUGGACAUGUGAGCCCCCCAGAUCGGCCUCCAGUUGGAGAAGGCUUCUCUUCUGUUCCGACGUCCCUGUGGUCUCUCCAGAUCCCCGGACGUCUUUUUCUCAGUUUUUAUUUCCUUU